GAGCGAGUGCGCAUGCGCGCGCUGCGGCCCGGGCCUCGGCUCCGCGCAGCUCCUGGGAUCCAGGCGGGGACCCGCCGGGCGCGCGGACGCGGGCGCGAUCACUAGCAAUCUCCGGCCGAGCUGGCGCCUGGCGGGCGGCUGCACCCCGGCGGCCUGUCCCUGGCCCGCCCGGGCGGUCGGAGGCGGGGCUGCCGGAUCCCUGCCCGGCGGCCGAGAGCCAGGCCCGCGGAGGGGUGGCCGAGCGCGCUUGUCGCUGGUUCCAGGACACGUGAUUAAUAUCCGGAGACCACUGCAGCCCGCGUAGACUCCUCCCUACACGUGGGAUUCGAGCCGCCAGGUGUCCGCGGCCAUGGCCAUGAAUCUUCUGGAGGACUGGUGCCGGGGGAUGGAGGUGGACAUCCGCAGGUCCCUGUUGGUCACGGGCAUCCCGGAGGACUGUGGCCAAGCGGAGAUCGAGGAGACGUUGAAUGGGGUCCUCUCCCCGCUGGGCCAGUACCUCGUGCUCAACAAGAUUUUUCUGAGGGAAGAGAAUGCCAAAGCUGUCCUCAUUGAGGUCAGCGAGGGUGUGAAUCUGAGGGCCAUCCCCCGGGAAUUUCCAGGAAGGGGGGGCGUCUGGAGGGUGGUCUGUAGAGAUCCCACCCAGGAUGCUGAGUUUUUAAAAAAUCUCAAUGAAUUCCUGGAUACCGAGGGGCGCACCUGGGAGGAUGUGGUCCACCUGCUCCAACUCAACCACCCCCCAGCGCCCCAGAAUCGGGAUCAGCCCCCAGAGAGCUGGGCGGAAGCUUUGGGGGUGCUCCUGGGAGCCACGGUGCAAGUGGUCUUCUACAUGGAUGCUGAGAUGCGCCGCCGCGAGGAAGCUAGGGCCCAGGAGGCGGCUGAGGCCGGGGUGGUAGCCGCCUUGGCUUCAGCAGCAGGGAGGAAGAUCAAGAAGGAGCCAGGGCGGGCUGCCGAGGUGAGCUCUGCCUUGAAGAUGGAGAACCCGGACAGCUGGCAUGACAUGGGAGAUGAAGGCGACCCUCCCAAACCUUUCGUUCACAAGGCUGGUGCUAAGACUGGCUCCAGGAGAAAGAAGCAGAAAAACCAGCCCCAGCAGGAACCAGGGCCCUGGAAGAAAGCCAAAGGCAAUUGUUCCAACAGCUCAGCCUCCUUGGAGGGUCCUGAGGCUGGUGAUGCUGAGAAUAUGCAGAUCUCAGAAUACAUCAGGAGCAAGAAAAAGCCCUGUGUGAAGCAGGAGGAGUCAGCUUGGAAGAAGCCCGUGGGGAAAUGUGUCUGGAAGGCUCCCAGCAACCCACCUCCCCGUGCACGGUCCGCAGCUGCGAGCCCUGGAGUUGCCUCCGAGUCGGAGCAAGCUGGUGGUCGGGAGGGCCCCCCAAAGAAGAAGGCGGUGGGCUGGGCCUCGGCAAAGCGCCCUGCCCCCACGAAGAAGAACAAGAAGGUGAGCUUGGGCCAUGUCUCUUAUGUCCUUGUUGAUUCGGAAGAUGCCAAGAAGAAGCCGGUGAUGCCAAGGAGAGGACCAGGCCUGAGACGGGAUGCAGCAGCUCAGAAGGCCCCACGAGGCCCACAGCCCGAUGAGUCACCAGCCUCGACGUCACAGGGUCCAGAGGCCAAGCCAGAAGACCCUCCUCACACCUCCAAUGGCGAGAAUGACAAGGGAAGUCAUUUGGGUUGUGUCAACGAGUGGUUGAGGGGGGAGGGGCCCCAGGGGGUGGAGGGGCCAGUGGUCCAUGAGGAGGGCCCCAGUGCAGCGGAAGAAGCAGGUGACACACCACUUCAGGUUUUAGACGGCGAGAGCCCUGACCUCUCUCCUGGGAGUCCCUGAAGGCCAACACUGGGGACACCCAUGGGGGCAGUUGGUGGCAAAGCGAACCCACCAACCUAAGUUAUGGUGAUGCGUGUUGCUCUGGUAUUCUCAGUCAUUCUGCCUCUCCAUCUGAUCUAUCUCCCUGGAUAAAAAUUGAGUGCUUUGGGGCUAUAUUCUUCAUCACGGUAGGUGGCCCCGAGGGUGGCGUUUUCCAGAGUCCUGGUCGGGGGCGAUAGAAAUGUUCAAAGACUCAUAAAGUCCAAGGAAGGAAAAGAAAUGUGCCAAGUGAGGCCUUUCCUUGCUUCCCCUCUUGAGCUGUUCUGAUUUAUCCACAGCACCCAGAAGGCUUUGACUGGGGGGGGGGGGUCGACCACCUAUACCUGAGGAGUUGAAAGGAGACCGAGGAUGAAGUUCCCAGGUGGGAACAAAGCCUUCUCUUGUCAUUGAAUGAACCAAGACUUGGGGCUCUUUUAGGGACCCAGGUUGAAGACAUCCGGCUCUCAGAGGUACAUGACCCAUGAGAUCUUCUGCCGGGCCUGCUUUUUCGCUUCCUCCUAGAUCCACCUGCAGAGGUUGGAGAGUCUCCAAGCAGAUGGAGAAAGUUCUAGAACAUUCAUCUUCAUACAUGGGCGGGGUCGCUCUUAGGCUUAUCCAGGUUCAGCCUUUCUCCUCCAUUCCCUGCUUCCUCUUCCCGAUGCUCAGCCGACCUCUGCAGGGCUUGUUGAAGAGCAGGGUGGCGGUGUUCUCCCUUCCACCUUUUCUGCGUUUUGACCGCAGAGAAGUUAAACCGAGACUGUCAACGCAGACGUGGCUUCCUUGCUCCUCCUGGUCUUUAGCUCCUCCCGUUAUCUAACCCGAGCGUGGUAAGGUCCCAGGAGUUAGUUUUGGGGAAAAAGAAUAUCCUCUUAGGGCUUGAGGUAUUUGAGUUUUAGGUUCUGUUAAUAAUCAUGGUCCUUGAGUUCUCAUUUGGGGUAACACCGUCGUCUCAAGAAGCCUGGAGGGCUGAGGGGUGAUGGAUGGGGCAGGACCUGGGCCUUCCCGGCUUCCCGGCUCUAACUCCAUCCAGUGCCACCGAAAUCUCAACAUCUUUGAGGUUGAAGACACUUCUCACCUUAUAGUAAGAGAGGGAAAAAUUUUUUUAAAAAAUUGUCUGUGAAUUUCUGUCCUCUGAAUAGACCCGAGUGAAACACGUGUCCCGUGUGCGUGCGUGCAGGGGGACGGGCAGGGCUCCCGAGACCCGUGGUAUCCAGACCAUCCUGGGGAGACCCAGGUGCGCUCAGAGAUAUAAUCCGAAUCUAUUUUUUCAUGUAUUUAAAAAAAAAAAGACUGAAAAAUGACUACUCGAGUAUGUUGUAAGCCAAACCAGUGACAUAGGAGACUGUCAAAAUGAGACCUUGUGUUCCUGAGUUAACUCGUUUUUGCACAGGUCUCGAAUUAAUUGUUUCUGCCGUCUGUUUGCGUAUCAUGAAUUUCUUGUCGUGACGGAUGGGAAAGGUUACACGUGGGGGAGCUUCCGUCCCGCGCAUGCUCCGUAAGGGGACACUCUGAAAGCAGUUUCCUGUGUAAUUCACGUCACGUGCUCUUGUGAUUUUUGGGUGUGUGAUAGCAAAUAAAUGUAUUAACGUGGCCCACACUAAUAAUAUCCUAUCCUAGAAAGUUGUAGCCCUCUGCGUUUCACAGUCUCUCUUCUGACUUCAGUUUUCGUGAUAAAGGAUGUAAACAGUUGUUAGAUGUCAUUAGUGACUCAACUUUGAAAACACGUUUCUUGUGACAAUUGAUGUCAAGAGCCUGGAUGAGUGCCACGGGCGAUGCGGAGAGAAAAAGAGAAUGGUCUGCAUUUGCAGCUGUUCAUCUGUGCGUCAAGGUUUUCCUUGGGUUUGUGCAAAGCAAAACCCAGGAGUGAAUCAGACUCUCAAGGUGAUGCAAGCCUGCGACUCUCCAGCAACUCAUUUCAAAAUCAGGUCCGGAAGGGCUUCAUUGUGUUAACAAAGUAACACCAUGAUUUGUAACUGUAUAUGUUAUAAAAUAAAGUUUAGC